AUGAGUGCGCACAUUAUAUCGAGCAGUACGGUAAUGUUCCGAAUGAUUCCGGUGCAAGUGCAUUGCGGACGCAAAUCGGUAAUCGUUCUCGCUUUCUUGGAUGAAGGUGCCUCAGUAACUUUGAUCGAAAGCAAGUUGGCAGAUCGCUUAGGGCUUUCAGGGGUACAGGAAAAACUCACUAUUAAGUGGACUGCAGAGGUUACACGAGUGGAGAAAGCAUCGAGGCGAAUGAACGUCUGGGCUUCCGCUGUUGGAGCGAGAAAUCAAGGGAAGCUGUUACUGCAAACGGUUCGUACAGUCGAAAGAAUGAUGUUGCCUCAUCAAACGCUAAACGCGAUGCAGUUGGCGUCGAAGUACGAGCACUUACGUGGUGUGCCAAUCGAAUCCUACGAUGGUAGGCCGGAACUUCUGAUCGGUUUAAAUAACAUUCACUGUUUUGCACCGGUAGAGGCGAAAAUCGGUACUACAGUCGAUCCAAUUGCGGUUCGAUGCAAGCUUGGGUGGACGAUCUACGGACCGAGACAAGCAGACUCAUCGUUAGGAAAGAAUUAUCUGGGAUUCCAUCAAGAAGUUUCGAAUGAAGUAAUCCAUGAAAUUCUAAAAAGCCACUAUGCAUUAGAAGAAUCGGUGGUAAACGUUCAGCAGGAAUCGGCUGAGGACAAACGAGCUCGCUCGAUCUUAGAACGGACGACAAAGCGCGUGGGUAGUCGAUUUGAAACCGGUCUUCUGUGGAAUUCAGAUGCCGUAUGUUUUCCUGAUAGUUAUCCCAUGGCUCUCAAACGAAUGAAGCUGCUAGAGAAGAAGUUGGGAAAAACGCCCGAAUUGUUUCAGAACGUCCGUAACCAGAUAACAGAAUAUCGAGACAAGGGUUAUGCUCAUCUAGCCACGGCAGAUGAAUUGAUCGACACUGACGAUAAAAAGGUUUGGUAUCUCCCGCUAAACGUCGUACUGAACCCGAAGAAACCAGGAAAGGUUCGUAUAGUUUGGGAUGCGGCGGCAACUGUGCAAGGAGUUUCAUUGAAUUCCAUGUUGCUGAAAGGACCUGAUCUACUCGUCCCACUUGUGUCGGUGAUAGUUGGAUUCCGUGAACGAAAAAUCGCUUUCGGCGGGGAUAUCAGAGAGAUGUACCAUCAGUUGAAGAUCACUUCGGAAGACAAGCAUGCACAGCGUUUCCUGUUCCGGGAUAGCUGCAAUGAGUCACCUAAAAUCUACGUGAUGGACGUCGCAACAUUUGGGUCGAAGUGUUCCCCGGCAUCGGCGCAGUACGUGAAAAACCGGAAUGCAGAAGAAUAUGCUACUCAAUUCCCGGAGGCAGCGGCAGCGAUCAUCGACCGCCACUACGUUGAUGAUUACUUUGACAGCGUCGACACAAUUGAUGAAGCAGUAGAGCGAGCAAAGCAGGUGAGUUACAUCCAUAAACAAGCUGGAUUCGAUAUUCGCAAUUGGGUGUCUAAUUCGCCAGUGGUGCUUUCGGCUUUGGGAGAAGAGAAAUCGAUGGGGCCCGUUCUGUUUAACCAAGAUAAACAAAUGUAUGGUGAGCGUGUACUAGGAGUGGUUUGGGAUCCUACACAAGACAUGUUUGCGUUUACUGUACAACAUCGUGAUGAAGUUCGAGCCUAUUUGUACGAUGGUAAGCGCCCGACAAAGCGUAUCGUUUUGAGCUGUGUUAUGGGAUUUUUCGAUCCACUGGGUUUGCUAUCUCUUUUUACGAUCCAUGGUAAAAUAAUCGUUCAACAUUUAUGGCGAACCGGAUGUGAAUGGGAUCAACUGAUCGAUGAGAACUGUUGGGCUAAAUGGAAGCAAUGGACAGAAUUACUUCCGGAGGUAGAGUCGUUACGCAUACCACGAUGCUAUCUAGGUGAAGCUGUAUCGUCGUCCAUUGACUCUUUGGAACUGCACAUUUUUACGGAUGCGAGUGAGCAUGCUUACGGUUGUGUCGCAUAUCUUCGUGCGUCGAAGAAUGGAAUCGUACACUGUAGUCUGGUAAUGUCACGAGCAAAGGUAGCUCCACUCAAAAGACAAUCUAUUCCUCGAUUAGAAUUGAUGGCCGCAGUUCUCGGCGCACGUAUGAGUCAAACAAUUCUGGCUUCACAUACUUUACAAAUCACUAAGACUGUACUGUGGACAGAUUCACGAACGGUUCUCUCGUGGCUGUGUUCGGACACGUACAGAUAUAAGCAGUUCGUGGCAUUUCGAGUAGGAGAAAUUCUUGAAUUGACGGGGAUGACGGCUUGGCGCUGGGUCCCAACAAAACAAAACGUUGCGGACGUACUCACAAAGUGGGGACGAGGUCCUCCGUUGCAGAACGAUGCUGAAUGGAGAAAUGGUCCCAGUUUUCUGUAUAAAUCUCACGACCAAUGGCCAUCAAUGGAAAAUACUGUCGAGACGGACGAAGAAUCAAGAGGAGUAAUGCUAUUCCAUGCUGUUGUUAAGGCUGAAGCAUUUUCUCAUUGGACUAAGCUAGUCAGAGUGACGGCAACAGUGGUGCGUUUUAUUUCUAACUGCCGGCGCAAGAUGGCUGGACAGUCGAUUGUUACAUCGAAAGCGACGAAAAAUCAGCUACGUUUCAUUAAAAAGGAAAACAAUAACGUUCAGAGACCCCUCCAGCAGGACGAAAUGUACAAGAAACCAUUUUAUGGAAGCAGGCGCAGUUUGACAGUUUUCCUGACGAGAUGA